CUGAGCUCCAGAGCUUCUCCUGCCUGCCUGUGCCUUCAGCGCUUGAACAGAGAAAGCAGCAAAGUUGGCUGUAAACUUGGUUUGCCCUGCCUGGACUGUUCCACUUGGCAGCAGCAGAUUUCUGUAGCCUAAGAGGCAUUUGCUUCCAGCAAAGAGGACGGUGAGAACAGUGAGAGACCUGGAAACAAAAAGAUGGCUUUCUGAACCCGCUGCCUCCCCACCUUCAUCCUUACCCACCAGGCAGUGCCCUGGUGCCUGGGCUGGGGCAAUCUGCUUGGCCAUCCCCCUAACAAUUUCCCCACUGGUUCACCCAGGCCGGGGAUGGCAAUCUGACAUUCCAUCCGGUUCUUCAUUUUCUACUGCCUUCGUGCCAUCUGCCUCCGAGUCAGGAGCUGGCCCAUCCAGGGAGCCAGGCAGCCAUGGAAAGCAACACUGAGCCCCAGUUUCCAAAGACUUUGGAACCCAGCAUUGUCCUGCCCCUGGACUCACAGGAGACAGAGAAACUCCUCACCAAGACUGAGGACAAAGAUGACAAGGCUAUGAAGGCAUCCAAGUCCUUCUCAGGGGCCAUGGAAAUGGAGCAGAAUGGUCACAGUCUACCAUACAAAUCAGUGUCUGAGGGGCACCUGGAGGCCACCCCUCAUUCUCCUUCCAGGGUCAGCUCACGGAGGGCAUCCUCCAUUGCUACCACCUCCAAUGCCCAAGACCAGGAGAUGCCAAAGGAUUACCUCAUCUUGGCCAUCCUCACUUGUUUUUGCCCUGUAUGGCCCCUGAAUAUAGUGCCACUGAUCUUUUCUAUCAUGUCAAGAGGUAGCGUACAGCAGGGAGACCUGGAUGGGGCCAGGAGGCUGGGCCGCCUGGCAAGGCUGCUCAGCAUCGUCUGCAUUGUGCUGGGAAUCCUCAUCAUCGUCAUCUAUGUGUCUGUCAACUUCACAGUCUGGAAGGAUUAGCCCGAGAAUUUCUGGAAAGAGGCAGGUACUGUGUAGGUGCCACCUUGUCUGGACUCCCCAGUGAACUGAGUGCCCCUGCACCAUCCAUCUUGGGGAGGGCAUGCAGUUACUCCCCAAGUCCUCGCGUGGUGAUGCUACACCCCAAAAACUUCUCACUCAAUCACAGACUGAUGAAAGGGCUUGGAUUUCAAGGAGAAACAACAACAAUAAUUUGCAAUGGCGAUUUCAGCCUGGACCCACCGGAAAGGACAGAAGGAGACAAAAAAGUGGGGGGGAGGAAAUUUAUUCUCAAAACUGAAAAAAAAAAGUGAGAUAUCUCAUGGAAAUUUCUGGACUUUUUUUUUUUGCUCAAAUCAUUGGGUUUUUGUUUGUUUGCCUUUUAAUCAGCCAAUAAUGUAACUCAACCUAUAAGCUGAAACUGCCAGACAGAGAAGAAAUAUGCUUUCAAAGUCAGGAAGGUCAGAGAAAAGAAGGCUUGGUGAAGUAACAUGAGGCUUUUCUGGAUGUGGACAUGGACCUGAAUUUGGACAUGAGAAGAAGAGGAGACAGGGAGAAGGACUUUGUUUUUUGUAUUUUUGAUGAAAAAAAAAAAGACCAUUUGCAUGCAUUA